AUGACAGAAUCGCUUGAGCUACGCCCCAUAACAUUUCAUCCCGAUGUCCUGGCUCGAAUCGCGCCUGAGCUGUCGAUGCAGAGACAUUUAUCUCUUGGACUAAGGCCGAGCUUAAGAUCAUUUGAAGAAUUUCGCAAUGUUGAAAUAAGCGAUGGAGGGCUUUCGUUUGCAUCCAAUGCCGAUAUCGACCGUAAGGGGAACAACAUCCUUGGAUCCAACGUGUUAAAAUGCGGUAAAACGAUGGUGGUUACAUCGAUUACUGGCGGCAUUGUUGAGGAAAACAUAUCUGGUUCCCGUGUGGACGACGAAAGCACAGAAAGCUCAAAUAGAGCAGACAGGCUAUCACGGUUUGCUCAAGUUCACCCUGUAGUGGAAGUUGAAAGAGGCAGAGUCGGCGCACCCACGGAUGAGGAAAUGACGUUAUCACAAAGGCUGCGCGACUGCGUACUACAUUCUGGUCUUAUUCCUAAAAAAGCGCUUGAUGUCGCAGUCGGUAUUAGGUCGACAGACUCAGAGGGCAUUUCGAGUAUUCUUUAUCCUGAUGAAGAAGAGAAUACCAUAUCCAGCGGCCUCAAAUCUCGGAGAAAGUGGUCCUACGUUUUAUACGCUAAGAUUCAAGUUUUCAGCCGAGACGGACCUCUCUUUGAAAUUUGCUGGAACUCACUAAUUUAUGCUCUAAAAACCACACAGCUUCCGCGUGCUUUUGUCGAUGAACGAACUGCCGACCUCAAAAUUCCAGUGAGUAUGAGAGGACGGAGCGCAACAUUCAGGGAGACUUUUGACAUAAUUUGCGACGCCUCCAAAUUUCAGCCGCUUGUUCUCAAUGAGGAAAACGUUGCUUUCGCGUCGAACUUCGCCAUAAUCGAUGUAGAUCCUGAAACCGAGCUGCCAAAGGACGAAGACGAAAUGCAGGUUGACCAAGGGGGCUCUGUUCUUUUAGCAGACAUACAAGGGGAGGCUGAAGAGGCUUCUGUUUUCUCCACAAUCUCCAUCAUCUCUAGCGAUGCUGGGAGACUGAAGCACUUCAAAGUUAUCGGCGGUGGUUUGAACGCGUCUAUGGAGCAUCUUAAGAAGUCAUUGAAUUUAGCAAAACUAAGGGCCUCUGACUUGAGUGCCAAGUCUUCGAGCGGUGACAGGUGA